AAGCUGAAUGAACAGGGAAUGCCAAUAUCAUUAGAUAUACUGGAUACGAAUUACGAUUAUCCUGAUAUGCGAAAAGUGGCGGUAGCGUCUGCUCACGCGCUUAUGCUCGUGUUUGCCGUUGAUGACGUGUCUAGCUUUAAACAGAUGAGCGACAUAUGGUCAGAGAUUGUGCAGCAGCGUGGCGACGCCCGGGACAUCCCGAUUGUUGUUGUUGGGAACAAGUGUGAUUCAGUGUCUCAAAAGAUAUUUGAAGCAACAGCUCAAGCAUGGACGCAGCGUCUCAAUUUCAACAUACGUUACGUUGAAGCUUCUGCCAAAACAGCACACAACAUCGUAAAAAUAUUCCGGAAUUUUCUAGAACAAAGUGGUCUGCUGGGUGACAAACAGAUGAAAAGUAUUGCUCAGCGAGUGUAA